CCCACCCACCCACCGCCCAACGACAACCACAACACCGUCAAAAUGGGUCGCGUUCGCACCAAGACCGUCAAGAAGUCCGCCAAGGUCAUCAUUGAGCGAUACUACCCAAAGCUCACCCUCGACUUCGAGACCAACAAGCGUAUCUGCGAUGAGAUCGCUGUGAUCGCCUCCAAGCGCCUGCGCAACAAGAUCGCCGGCUAUACCACCCAUCUUAUGAAACGCAUUCAGCGCGGUCCAGUCCGUGGCAUCUCCUUCAAGCUGCAAGAAGAGGAGCGUGAGCGCAAGGAUCAAUACGUGCCAGAGGUCUCUGCUUUGGACUUCACCCAGAACAGCGAGAGCGGUCAAUUGGAUGUUGACCAGGAGACCAAGGAUCUGCUUAAGUCUUUGGGCUUCGACAGCAUCCCAGUCAACGUUGUCGCUGUCCAGCAACAGCAGGUCGCCGAGCGCCCACGCCGAUUCGGUGACCGCAACCCACGCGCCUAAAACUUCUACACCCUCGACACGCGAUCACGACCUUUGGACGGAGUUCUGGCGGCAGGUAGUGGGAGAUGUGACUAGUGCAGUCUUUUCUCUGCACACACUCGAUGCAUGCAUGCACGCACUGCCCCAUAGGUAGAGCUAGUCUAUGAGCGAAAUGGAUGGCUUGUCCUCCUAAGGUGUCGCUGAGUCUUGCCGUAAGGCGGACGAGGCUUGAUUGCC